AUGCCAACAACCAAGCUUUCGUCAUGGAAUGGUAGCAAUGAUGAGGUAGCCGCUUAUCCGGCACCCACUCUGUCGCGUCGCAUUCGACACAUAACUUCAAUCCAAGUCCGCAACCUAACCCCAUUCCCCGUUCGCGAUGCCUUGGCUUCCGCUCUCACUAAACCAUCCGCACAACCUCAGUUCACUCCGCAUGGACGCUUGUCAGACGACCUUGAUGUGACCGUGGGGAGGAAACGCGGACGACGUGUAUCGACCGCUAGCUCCAUUCACUCCGUUCCUCGGAGUGAAGAAGAUGGCGUAUCAGGGAGUCUAAACUAUUCUGGUGAGCCCACCUUGCGUAGGCGGUCGUCCUCCAGAGCUAGCAUACCCACCUCCACCUCUGUGGGUUCGUCGAGUCCCAAACUCACGAGACAGUCGUCGAACAUCGGGUCCACAUCGUCCGUGCGCCCUGCUCACCGCGCCCGUGCGCUGUCCAUCGCGUCCACCCAUUCUCAUCAAGCCGCGUCCUCCGUGUCGGCGCUGUCCGGCGACCUCGGCACCUCUUCUUCUGCCUUCUUCCCAGGAUUACUCCGAGAUACAUCUCAGAAGAGCUUGGAGAAGAUAUUACAAUCACGUCUCGUGGAGACCUUUGUCACCGUUACUUUGCUCUCGAACGAUUCUGACACCGAUCAUGGAAGGGCAGGCACUCCUAGUGGUGAGCGUGCGCAGCUCCCUUCGCCGUCUCCCUCGCGGCCCAAUAGUCCGUCUCUACUGGUGAAGAACAAAGCUUCGAUGAAGAGUAGCUCGUCAGUCAAGACAAUGGCUAGACGCGUUACCGUAGGAUCCUCGAAUCCUUCCGCGACUGCACGGUCUCCGGCCACACCCACUCCACAUUCUCCUUCUCCUUUAGCCCCUUCCGUCAAGAGCGUACUUAGCACCCAUGGGAAGUCUGCGUCCGUUUCGCUGCUUAAUAGCAAGACUUCUAAUUCCCCAGCAACCCCUUCGCGUCACAAGGCGCCCUUCCCUGCCGCUCUCUCGACCACAUGUCCUACACCGGGUUCCUUAGAGGUAUCCCAAAGCUCGCUACAGGCUGUGACUCUAUCCGCCGCUCAGGACGAGGCUCUGCCUGUUCCUGACUAUAUUUCCCCAAUUCACUGGCCUUCGAUCAAUCCGGUCUUUCAGCUCAGCCGCCACGAGUUCGCACCUGGGACUCGUUUGAGUGGUGCGAAAAUGCGAGUAGACAUUUGGGGUCGAAUGGACCAGGAGGGAGGGAGCACUUUUCGCGCGUCGGAUAGCAUCCAUUCAGGGAGGCCUGCGGAUACGAAGGGCAAAGGGAAGGAGAAGCAGGUGGAUGGCUCCAACAGGACUCAGUGGAAGGUCUUGGAGUCGUGGAAGGUCGUUUUGGACCAGUUGAAGCCUUUGCCGCAAGAUCUUGCUGCAAACCCUUCUCAUCUCCCAUCGAAUACGUUGCUGAUAUCGCUAUCGUCUGGCGAGACUCUCUACCUACCUGCCCGCUCACUACAAUCGCACUCGCCGUCUCGGGCGCCAUCUCCGAAUGUCGGCUACAAUUCGGAUCCCGAGACGGGAGUACAUAAAAUGAGAGGGACGGCAGGAGAGAUGGGGUUGCGAACCCCACGACUCGAUGGCAGCUUGGACGAUAUACCCGCUAGUCCGACGAUUAGCGAGCUUGAUGGAACGAGCACGACUCACUUCCGACGGAAGCGUGCGGUCAAAUCCGCGAAUUGGCAGGAUUUGCUCAAGCUGAUCAAUCUUCAGUCGGUGAUACUGGAUACUCAACAAUCCUUAAACGAGGUGGUUCGUCAAAUCGACAGGGCUGUCGUCCAUAACGAAGCACGCAUCCUUGCUCGGGAGGUCUCCGAACGAGCAGCAUGGGUGCAUGAUCUCAAUGAGGAGAGAUUAAAAGUCGACCGGGAUGCAGAAGAAUUGCGCAAGCGCAUAACUGCUCGACGUGAGGACUUGCGACGGCGACGUGCAAUACUCAAGGAAGCACACCGUCUGCACGAGGCGGACCUCAAAGAGGGGGCAAGGACGGAAGAGAUCAUUGCUGAGGAGCGAGCUCGGCUAUCGUCUUUGCGCAACCUUCUCCCGAUUAUGCGCAGCAACUUGAUAUCCAUCGUCUCGUUCAUAUACCCCAUAGACCUUGUCUCCCCUCCGGACCUGCUUUUCUCCAUCCUAAAUGUACCUCUCCCUAUCCCUGUUGCAGCUACCGACCCUGCCCCGCCGCUGUCCCUGCCGGCAUCCAAAGACGUGACAGAAGACAGCGUGGCAACAGCGUUAGGCUUCGCCGCGCAGCUCGUUCAGCUCUUGGCUGCCUACAUGGGACACAGGCUUCUUUAUCCAGUGACAUGUGUGGGUAGCCGGAGUAUGAUCAAGGACGGCAUUUCUGCCAUGGUUGGACCGAGGAAUUUUCCCCUCUUCUCGAAGGGUGUCGACACAUACCGUUUCGAGUAUGGAGUGUUCCUACUCAACAAGGACAUUGAGAUGCUCAUGAGUGAGCGCAAUCUGCGUGCAUUGGACAUGCGCCAUACUCUGCCGAACCUGAAGAACCUGCUUCUGACACUCACAGACAAUGAGCAACGCAGCAUCCCUGGUCAUCGUGUCGCCUCCUCGUCGGUAUCGAUCUCGUCCCUGCAAUCCGAGUCGGCUGUACCGGCGAAAUCUUCACUCUCCUCCGAGCCGACGUCAGGAACCGAUGCUGAAGAAGGCGCCUCCGUUGACAAGCAUGCUCCAUCGGGGCCAUCGGAGGAUGGGACGACUGCCAGCAGGAGCAGCACCCCACCAGCGAGUGGGACAACGACCCCAACGAAGUCGACUCCGAUCCCGCGCAAGUCGCGUGCAUACUUCGACCUCGCGCCGUUCACCGGCUUCCUGACGUUGCGUGGGCGAUCCACCGCCAGUCAGAAGCCGUCAGUGAAGGCCGUGGCGGAGACGCCCGACUCGGAGGCGCAGGCGUCGCUUGACACGGCUGACGCGGAUGGAAGUGCCGCGCAGGGCGAGGCUGCCGACGGCGAUGGUGAGGGGGUUGAUGACGAAGAUGACCGGAGAACGAUCCGGGGCGUCGGCCCCGCGGAGAUCGACGAUGAGGAAGAGGUGGUUGAGGGAAAGGCGAUUGCGGAGCCUUUCUGCGAGCCGUCCCGUGGGCACCCCCCAAAGGCCAAGUCGAAUGCGAAGGGCGGGGUGGCCAACGGGCGGGAGAAGGUCGUUGACGACCCCGUGGUGCAGUCGCCGCCUUUGGUCCUGAGCUAGCAGGGCAUGCUUGGCUUGUCCUGUUAACCUUUGCGCCGCGAUUGGCCUUGCCGAUCGCCUUACGCGAGGGAAGUUGCGAACACUGGAUGCGGCGCAGCCGCACAUACUCUAUCUCUCAAAUCUUCCUUGUCUGGUCCGUAGACAUACGCUCUUUACACACCUUUGUGUUCAUGCCGCUACUAUAUUCGUGUUGUGCUUUACAAGUAGUCCAGUCAACGUUCGUUGUCCUCUCAGACGAUGAGGAUCCUAAUGGUAUACACGACCGCACCAUUGAACGAUCCGACGUAACGAUGUACCGGGUGGCGGCGACCAGUGACAAGGAAACAAUUCCUGCUCGGGUGCUCCCGGCAACCUAGCUGACGCCCUCAUACCAAGGGCGUGAUCAAAGUCAUAUCGCUCAGGGCCCGGUUGUUCGCUUAAUGGAAGCGGACACAUAGCGU